AUGGAUCCAAUGGAUAUAGUCGGUAAAUCUAAAGAAGACGCUUCGCUUCCAAAAGCUACGAUGACUAAAAUUAUAAAGGAGAUGUUACCCCCUGAUGUCCGCGUUGCUAGAGAUGCUCAAGAUCUUCUGAUUGAGUGUUGUGUAGAGUUUAUAAACCUUGUUUCGUCGGAAUCUAAUGACGUUUGUAACAAAGAAGACAAACGGACGAUUGCCCCUGAACACGUUCUCAAGGCACUACAGGUUCUGGGUUUUGGAGAAUACAUUGAGGAAGUCUAUGCUGCUUAUGAGCAACAUAAGUAUGAAACCAUGGACACACAGAGGAGCGUGAAAUGGAACAGUGGAGCUCAAAUGACUGAGGAGGAAGCAGCAGCUGAACAACAACGUAUGUUUGCAGAAGCACGAGCAAGAAUGAAUGGAGGUGUUCCGGUUACUCAACCUGAACAUCCAGAAACCGACGAGAGAGGUCUGCAAAGCUAA